GGUGAGGACAGCGCGCAAGGUGGGAGGACGCGUGCGCAUGCGGACACGCGCGGAGCCGGUGCGGCGCGGCGGGACGGCCAGUGCGCCUGUGCAGCCCGUGCAAGCCCGUGCAGCCCGUGCCGCCCGUACCUCCCGAUGGAGCGCAGCAGCGGUGAGGGAGCCGAAGCCCCCUCGGAACGGGUUGUCAGGGGCUCAGCGCUGCUGCCCGUGAAGUCCACGGAGGCGAGUGCCGGGCGAUCAUCACAGUCGCCGUCCACCCUUCGGCCCGCAGGCAUGGAUGGAUUUUUAAAAUCAGAUGAGAGACAAAGAUUGGCCAAAGAGAGACGAGAAGAAAGAGAAAAAUGUCUGGCUGCCCGGGAACAGCAGAUCUUAGAGAAACAGAAAAGAGCCAAGCUUCAGUAUGAGAAACAAAUUGAGGAGCGAUGGAGAAAACUUGAGGAGCAGCGUCAGCGGGAGGAUCAGAAGAGGGCUGCAGUGGAAGAGAAGAGAAAGCAGAAGCUCCGGGAAGAGGAGGAACGCCUGGAAGCAAUGAUGCGCCGGUCCCUGGAGCGCACACAGCAGUUAGAGCUGAAGAAGAAGUGUUCCUGGGCAGGAUCAUCAGCCUCAGGGCCUGCAGGACGUGAUGGUGAAUCAGAAAAUACCCCACCCCUUCCUCUAACUUUAGCAGCCAGCACCCUCCCUUCGGACACAGGGACCACUACAGCUGCUGCCGAGUCCACCAACGCAUGUGACAAACUUUCAACAUCAACCAUGAAUUUGCCAAAGCAGACGGAGCCUCCUAUGAGUAAACGCCUGUCUUCAUCCACCGUGGCAAUAUCUUAUUCCCCAGACCGAGCUCUCGGCAGCCCUCUCAAAUCUUCAUACAAGUCCUCUCCGACCCGGACCACUGAGAGGAAGAAGGGUAUACCUACAUCUGGCAUGGGAGAUGCUGGGAAGGGAGCAGUGGCAGGAGCAGAGCCUUCUCAGAUGGAAAAAGUCAGGAAGGGACGAGUGACAACUUCGGUUUCCACUGGGGGUCUUGGAUCCCCUCUGAGAAGAUGUGAGCCUCCUGAAGACAUUCCUAAGAAGUCAUCUUCUCCUGUGAAAUCCAAGACAAUUUCAAAAGCAUAUCCACAGUCUCCAAAGACAAUGAAGCCCCCAUAUAUGGGGUCUCCUGUGAAGUAUCGCUUUCCUCCCAUUCCCAGUGAAGAAACACUCAAGAAGAAGGCAGAGAAGGAGAAGAGCAAUAAGGAAAAGGAAGGUGCCACUGGUCAGCAGACCACUGGCCUACCCAUAGAAGAAAUCCUAGAGAAGCACAUGGCGGACAAACAUGCCACUGAGAAGCACAUGGCAGACAAACAUGCCACUGAGAAGCACAUGGCGGACAAACAUGCCACUGAGAAGCACAUGGCGGACAAGUAUGCCACCGAGAAGUAUGUCACUGAUAAGCAUGCUACUGAGAAACAUUCUGCCACAGGAGGAAAGGCUGAGCACAGUGCAGGAAAAGCCACAGCAGGUACCACUGAUGCAGGGGAAGCUGCAAAGAUCCUAGCUGAGAAGAGACGUCAGGCUCGGCUACAGAAGGAACAAGAGGAGCAAGAACGCCUGGAGAAGGAAGAACAAGACAGGCUAGAAAAAGAGGAAUUGAAAAGAAAGGCACAAGAGGAAAGGCUGCGUCUAGAAGAAGCCCGUAAGCAAGAAGAGGAAAAGAAGCAACAGGAAGAAGAGAAGAAAAAGGCAGGAGAGAAGGCAAAACAGAAAGCUGAGGAGGAGCUGGUGUCCAAAGAGAAACAAGAAAAGGAAAAACAAGAAAAAGCCGUGAUUGAAAAGCAGAAAGAAGCAGCAGAAGUAAAGGCGCAGGAGGCAGCUCAGCAGAUGCGUUUAGAGAGAGAACAGAUCAUGCUACAGAUUGAGCAGGAGCGACUGGAGCGGAAGAAGAGAAUAGAUGAAAUCAUGAAGAGAACAAGGAAGAGUGAUGCGUCUCUAGAAGCGAAGAAGGAAGACCCCAAAGUGGAGAUUCAGCCUGUGGCAGAUGUGGAAAAUAAGACAAAACCAGUUGUCCCCAACAAAAUAGAAAUCAAUGGAUUGAACACCUGCCAGGAAGUAAAUGGCUCAGAGCGUGCUGCUCUGGAAACCUUCCCCCAAGACAUUUUCUCCCAUGGUCUUAAACCAGUUGGGGCACCUGUUCAUCUGGAGGGCCUUGAUGGGAAAUCAAACAGUCUGGAUGAUUCAACUGAAGAAGUUCAAUCCAUGGAUGUGAGUCCUGUUUCCAAAGAAGAGCUUAUCUCCAUCCCAGAAUUUUCACCAGUGAGUGAAAUGAUUCCUGGGAUGUCUCUGGACCAAAAUGGAACUGGUAAUGCCCGGGCACUUCAAGAUAUCUUAGAUUUUACUGGCCCCCCCACAUUCCCCAAGAAAUCCAGUGAAAAUCUCAGCCUUGAUGACUGUAACAAAAACCUCAUUGAAGGAUUUAACAGUCCUGGGCAAGAAACAACUCUGAACACCUUCUGUUGACAAAGACAGCAUUCCUCUAAUAAAAGGUGGUGUUUGGAUCACCAUGAAGCUGUCGGUGUUAAAUCUGAGCUGCUAGCCACCUGAAGAAGCUUCUUUCGCCCUUAACCGCUGGAUUCCAAAUUACUAGAUCAGAGUGUAACUGUAUUCCUAGGUAGUUUGGCAAACACUGGCCUCUCUUGGUAGAAACCUUGAGAUUUUUGCCUUGUUGGGCUUUAGCAAAGUUUCAUUUUAUGGUUCUAUUUAUGAGCUUCAGCUGCUGCUAAAGCACUUCUUUGUCCUUCUCUAAUAUAACCUGCGAGAUGCUGCCUGGGAACUGCACUUUAGGACACUUGCAUUCCCAGAGUUGGAGCACAUAUACAUUAGAUAUCUCUUCCUAUAAAAAUCUUCUAUUUAUCCACAUCUAGUUAAACAUGUACUCAACCUGGGCUGCUUAUAUCCUUUUUUUUUUUUAUUGGUGGGGGAGAAAUCUAGCCAUUUUCUCUCCCUCUCAGGUUUCUGUUUAUUUUUAUUAUUAAGCCUCAUCACCUGCAGAGCAUUAUCCCACAUUGCUUGUUUGGGCAUUAAAGAAAUGUUUGGUCGAAUAAAUAAUUAAAUAGUGGCAAUUAUUUCUUUCCCCCUUAUGGACAUGGACAUGGACAACUGAAUCUAGCAAGGACUCUUUCUUGUCACACCUUUAAAAUCUCCAAAUUGUCACUCCAAACCAUUGAAUGAAUCAAGUCUCCUGCAGGUGGUUGUUUUCGUGGUUUUGCUCUUUGUCUCCUGGAUCUUGGAAGUUUCUUUUUGUUUGCUGCUUCCUGUGUUUGCUUAACUGUAAUAAAAAAGUCACAGUGCUUUGAAAGGGGGCCCCAAGUUGGUCCCAGUAUGUCACUUUAAUAGACUUUAACAUUAAAAAGUCUGAACGAGAAAAAUGACACUAGAAUGUAUAACUCCAUAUAUUUUAUGCCAUUAAUGCCAUAUUAAAAUUUUUCAUUUUUUGUGGUGAAAUGUAGCUUUACUAUUAAAAGGACAUUUUCUUUGGAGCUUUUUGUUUUGACUUGUACCUUAAACCUUUUGAAAAGAUCCUUAAUUUUGAGAUUUACAACCAGGAGAUAUAAACAAAUCUCACUAGUGAUCUUGUUCUGUACUUUUAAAGCUGGUACAGUUUAAGAAUAUAUUAGUCUCAGAAGCUAUGUAUGUUUAUGUGAUAUAGUCUAAAUAAAAUGCAUACCUCUAAGAAUGUUGUGCCAUUGGCCUUGAUGAAUAUCAAAGGAGAUAUAUCUUUUAUGACAAGCACACAGAUGAUAGCAUGGUCUGACGUCUAAAAAAAAUAGCUGGCCAUUAUUCUUAAAGCUUUAUUUUGCUAAGUGUCCAUUUCAUUGAGCUUCAUUGUACCUCACAGCACCAUUGUAAUCAUGUGAUGCCUCAUUUGCAUGAUGUGUACAUUCUGUUUGAGGUUAAAUACAUUUUCAUUGAAGAGUC